AUGGCUGCUAAUGAUAUUGAUUUCUUGAGUUCUGGCAAUUCAUCCUCUGCUCCCAGCACCCUUGGUUCUCCAUUAUUCCUCCACCACUCAGAUCACUCUGGUUUUAUUACUGGAAAAAUCAAAGAACCCCAUGAGGCUUCAAAUCCUGAAGAACAUGCCCUUUGGCAGCGCUGCAACGACAUGGUGCUUUCAUGGAUCCUAAAUUCUCUUGAACCAGAGUUAGCCGAUUCUGUUCUUUCAUGCAACACUCCUCAUCCCAUCUGGGAAGAUCUUCAUGAAAGAUUUUCUUUAGGCAACGCUCCCUGUAUUUUUCAGGUUCAACGUGACAUCUAUAGGAUUGAGCAAGGUCAGAUGUCAGUUGCAGCAUAUUACACAAAAUUGAAGGGUUUAUGGGACGAGCUUGUAUCCUUUAAUUCAGAAACAUGUACCUGUGGUGCGCAUAAUGAUCGAACCAAACUUAUACAGUUUCUCAUGGGACUCAACGAGUCAUAUUCAGGUGCAAGAGGUCAGAUUUUACUGAUGAACCCUUUACCAUCGGUUCGUCAAGCUUAUGCCUCUGUUGUGCAGGAAGAAAAACAACGAGAGUUGGGGGCUGCUGUCACCAUACCAUCAAAUACAGCAGCCAUGGUUGUGUGUGGCAAUUACAACAUGUCUAAGGGUCGGCACAAUAAUCAAGUUCAUGGGAAUCAAUCAAAUAAUUCACGUAAUAAAGAGCCUUUUCAGUGCACUUACUGUGGUGAUAUGUAUCACAAGAAAGCAACCUGUUACAAAUUAAUUGGCUACCCUCCUGGUCAUCCAAAAAGUAAAGAAAAGGCACCACACCAACGCCAAGGCUAUGUGACACGACCAAAAGAUUGA